AGUGUCAGGUAAAUGUCAGUCAUAAAUUACAUGAACACAACAGCAUUCCAAUAUGAGUAUUAAUAUAUUUAUGUUCAUAAAAACUUUACAAAAAUGUGCGCAUGGCCAGUUAGUAAAAGCUACAAGCACAUCGUCCAAACUUACAUACCACAUUCACAUGUUGGACAGAGACAUACUGUUUUAUAAGAGGAUGUGGUUUAGGUUCUAUUUCGGUCUAGCAGAGAUGGAACUGAAACACAAUGAAUGACUUCUUUAAAUUGAUCUAUUUUUAAACUUCAGAUACCUGUAUAUAAAGUUACACAUUAUGGAAUAAAAGGAUACAACCCUGAAAUAGUUUUGGUAGUCCAGACUGUCACCUACAUACUGGCCAGUCUCAGUUUACCAACAUGCUGCUCCUCAGCACCAGCUCACCAGGUAAAGGACAGAGAACAGAGACACACAGCAGCACUCAGUCCCAGCAUGCAUCUCCAUGGUGACCACCGCAGUAAGGACAAAGGGAGUUGUAUAGAUAAAGUUUAUUUCAUACCUCAUUUUAACAAUUCUAUGGGUAAAAGCAACAAGCAGUUUAGAGUUUAACCCCAUGAACACAACAUAUUUAAACACUGAUUUUAUACUACGACAUUUCACACUCUGAUACAACACUAUGGGUGUCAGUAACAGAACUUUCUCACUACACAUGCAGAGCCAGGAACAGUUCACUCUGUACCUCCUCUGCAACUUACUGGUGCUAUUGCUCCUCACCACCAUAUUUGGACAUGUAGUUUUAGGAUUCUACAUUUUAGCACUCAUUUCAAAGUACUGUGCAUGAAGAUGGCCAUUACUUGACUUGUAUUUAGUAUAUGCAAUUAUAUUAAUCCCUAAUUUGCCAGUUCUGUUUUUAAUUGACCAGUUGACUUUGUUACUGUAUCAGACUAUAAGGUAUUGUAGAUGACUGACUUCAUUUAAUUACAUGCUAUCUCCAAAAAUGUAUCUUCAUAAAAUAACUGAUGUCACAUGCCCUGCAUUUAAUAUGAUGUACCACUAUUUAUUUAUUUAUUGGAGAGGAUUUAAGUAGUUGCUGAAGUAUCAAUUGCAUAUAUUUUUAUAUAUGCUAAUGAUGUAGUACUCAAGUGUAACUCAAAUUAGUUUUUGUAAAAAUGAGAAAUGGGUGAAUUUUCAUCUGCACCUCUCUGUCUAACUGUAAGAAAACAGGAAGUGCUGAGGCUUUAACACUCAUUAUUUCUCAUUGUCAGUCAGUCACUAGCAGGACAGUAUGGACUUCUGUCCUCUCUCUGCGCUGCUCUUGCUGCUUCUGCUCAUCUGCAUCGUACAAGCUCAAGUUUCAGAUCCGAAACCUCUCGUCAAUAGUGACCAAACAACUGAAACUGAAGUUGCAGACUCAGAGACAGAACAACCAAAAGCUACACUUUCAUUACAACAUGACUGGACAGAAUUUUUCAUAGGAGAGACUGUCACUCUUAAAUGUGUCAUACCGGAAUAUGGAAGUAGUGAGUGGACAUACAACUGGUAUAAGAAAGGAGAUGGAGAUAAUCCAGUUCAUUCUGCUGAAGGAAGCGGUGGGAAAAAGGAUUCAGACAGUAAUCAGUACAUAAUCAGCCAUGUUGAAGAGUCUGAUGCAGGUGAAUACACCUGUAGAGGAACAGAGACAGGAGCAUCCCGCUACUCCCACACCAGUGAUGCUGUUAGAUUGACUGUAUCAGUAAGACCCAAACCAUCUGUGACGGUGCAGCCUCAGAGCUCUGUCUACACUGGAGACAUCGUUACACUGAGCUGUAAUAUACAGUCGUCUGUAGGAUGGAAGUUUCUCUGGUACAAAUACAAUGGACAACCAGGAACGCUGACCAGUACAGAUGAACAUUCCAAGACAAUAAGUUGGAUAGUGUCUUAUGUAGGACGAUUCAAGUAUUAUUGCAGAGCACAGAGGGGAAACUACCACACACAUUACAGUGAGGUGGCUGAAAUUACAGUAUUAGCAAGACCAAAAGCUGUGGCCUCCAUAAAGCCUGAUCCACAGGUAUUUGUGGGGGAGACUGUCACUCUCAGAUGUGACAUACAGGGAAGCAGCGUCUAUAGGUGGCAGUACAGCUGGAAGAAAGAGGGUUCAGAGAAAACUAUCAGUAGUGAACAGGAGUACAAUAUCGGUGGUGUUAAAGAUUAUCAUGAAGGUGAAUUCACCUGUAGAGGAACAGAGGCAGGAGGAUCCCGCUACUCCCACACCAGUGAUGCUGUUAGACUGAUUGUAUCAGUAAGACCCAAACCAUCUGUGACGGUGCAGCCUCAGAGCUCUGUCUACACUGGAGACAUCGUUACACUGAGCUGUAAUAUACAGUCGUCUGUAGGAUGGAAGUUUCUCUGGUACAAAUACAAUGGACAACCAGGAACGCUGACCAGUACAGAUGAACAUUCCAAGACAAUAAGUUGGAUAGUGUCUUAUGUAGGACGAUUCAAGUAUUAUUGCAGAGCACAGAGGGGAAACUACCACACACAUUACAGUGAGGUGGCUGAAAUUACAGUAUUAGCAAGACCAAAAGCUGUGGCCUCCAUAAAGCCUGAUCCACAGGUAUUUGUGGGGGAGACUGUCACUCUCAGAUGUGACAUACAGGGAAGCAGCGUCUAUAGGUGGCAGUACAGCUGGAAGAAAGAGGGUUCAGAGAAAACUAUCAGUAGUGAACAGGAGUACAAUAUCGGUGGUGUUAAAGAUUAUCAUGAAGGUGAAUUCACCUGUAGAGGAACAGAGGCAGGAGGAUCCCGCUACUCCCACACCAGUGAUGCUGUUAGACUGAUUGUAUCAGUAAGACCCAAACCAUCUGUGACGGUGCAGCCUCAGAGCUCUGUCUACACUGGAGACAUCGUUACACUGAGCUGUAAUAUACAGUCGUCUGUAGGAUGGAAGUUUCUCUGGUACAAAUACAAUAGACAACCAGGAACGCUGACCAGUACAGAUGAACAUUCCAAGACAAUAAGUUGGAUAAUGUCUUAUGUAGGACGAUUCAAGUAUUAUUGCAGAGCACAGAGGGGAAACUACCACACACAUUACAGUGAGGUGGCUGAAAUUACAGUAUUAGCAAGACCAAAAGCUGUGGCCUCCAUAAAGCCUGAUCCACAGGUAUUUGUGGGGGAGACUGUCACUCUCAGAUGUGACAUACAGGGAAGCAGCGUCUAUAGGUGGCAGUACAGCUGGAAGAAAGAGGGUUCAGAGAAAACUAUCAGUAGUGAACAGGAGUACAAUAUCGGUGGUGUUAAAGAUUAUCAUGAAGGUGAAUUCACCUGUAGAGGAACAGAGGCAGGAGGAUCCCGCUACUCCCACACCAGUGAUGCUGUUAGACUGAUUGUAUCAGUAAGACCCAAACCAUCUGUGACGGUGCAGCCUCAGAGCUCUGUCUACACUGGAGACAUCGUUACACUGAGCUGUAAUAUACAGUCGUCUGUAGGAUGGAAGUUUCUCUGGUACAAAUACAAUAGACAACCAGGAACGCUGACCAGUACAGAUGAACAUUCCAAGACAAUAAGUUGGAUAAUGUCUUAUGUAGGACGAUUCAAGUAUUAUUGCAGAGCACAGAGGGGAAACUACCACACACAUUACAGUGAGGUGGCUGAAAUUACAGUAUUAGAUUAUCAUGAAGGUGAAUUCACCUGUAGAGGAACAGAGGCAGGAGGAUCCCGCUACUCCCACACCAGUGAUGCUGUUACGCUGACUAUAUCAGCAGUGAAACCUAAACCUGAACUCACAUCUAGCCCUCAAGGAGCUGCACUGAUGGGAAACCCAGUGACUCUGUACUGUAAGCUGGAGCAGUCUGCUGGAUGGAGGUUUCACUGGUCCAAACACACACAGAACCCUGAGAAUGAGACCAACACUGCAACACGCUCCUACACCAUCAGUGCAGUGAAGCUUUCUGAUGGAGGCCAGUACUGGUGUAGAGCUGGCAGAGGAAAUCCAGUCUACUACACACACUACAGUGAUGCGCUCUGGGUAAACAUUACUGGUGUGUCUUCUCUAGUCUCUCUGAUCAUCAUUCCCAACAGAACUCAACACUUCAGUGGUCACUCUCUCUCACUGAGCUGUGAGGACCAGAGGAACUCUACUACAUGGAGAGUCAUGCAAUACACACAAAAUAGGAGUUUGUCAAAUUGUCCACCAGGCAAGGGAUCAGUUACAAGAUCUACAUGCAACAUCAGCUCUCUCUCCACAUCUCACACUGGAGUGUACUGGUGUCAGUCUAAGUCUUUAGGGAGCAGUAAACCUGUCAACAUCACAGUGCAUGAUGGUGAUGUGAUCCUAGACAGUCCUGUACAUCCUGUGACUGAGGGAGAUUCUCUGACUCUACGAUGUUUAUUGAACAAAACAUCUUCUAACCUCAUAUCUUACUUCUAUAAAGAUGGAUCACUCUUUUGGAACCAGACCACAGGACAGAUAACCAUCCCUGUCAUCUCAAAAUCAGAUGAGGGUCUCUACUACUGUGAAUACCCAGAGAGAAGAGAAUCACCACAGAGCUGGGUCUCAGUCAGAGACUUAGGUCCUGGAUCCAGUGGUGUAAUAGUUGGACCAGCUGUUGGAUUCAGUUUAAUCUUGUUGCUCAUUAUCAUACUUAUCCUGUUCCUGAGCUACAAGAAGAACAAAGGAGGUACAGGAUCUCGGUCUCCCCCUACUGGACGUCAGGAGAACACUAGCCAGACCACUGCCCAGAGGCAGAGUUGGACUGGGCCUGAGAGCUCUCUUGCAGGAACCUCACUGCUGCAAGCAGGAGGUGAUCUGAUUUAUGCCAAUGUUGGUAACAGGAUUACAGAUGCUGGUGCAGGACCCAGUGAUGUGACUUAUGCUCAAAUUAAAAUGAAACCCAAGAAGAAACCAAAACAAACAGAGAAGACCAGGGAGGGCACUGAUGUGAUGUAUUCAGAACUGAAACAGAAGUCAGAAAACGAUGGUGCAGGACCCAGUGGUAGCGCAAUGGUUAAGGUCCUUGACUUGUCAUGGGAUGGUUGACCAGUUGCCACUGUUGGGCCUCUGAGCAAAG